AAUAACACUAAUCAAGGACGUUAUCAAUCGAGAGUUCUUAAUGGUAAUCAGAAUAAAAUAUGACAUGUUUGUUGUGAAGCAAUUUCGUACUAUUUGAACACAAGUUGCAAAUAAAUUAGUAAAUGUAGCAAAUGAGUUAUUGUUGGUAAAUUGUGGUUUGAUUGUAGUAAUAGUUCAUCAGCAGAAAUUCUCUAGUGACGUCACUUCACGUGGAGUGUAUAAACUUCACACAGGUUAUGGCCGAACGCUUGUAAAUUCCCAACAUUCAAAACAAAAUGAUCGUAGGAAAAGUUUUCAGUGUUCGAGUGUUGUUAAUAAGUGUUUUGUGGUUAUUGCAAACAACGAAUUACGUUUCAACCACCAAAAUAGAAUGUAUUCCCCUGAAACUUUGUCCAAUGGCCAUGAAACUGAUAAAAACCAAACCUUAUGCCCCGGAAACGAUCGAAUUCCUCCGGUACUCGCAUUGUGGGUUUGAUGGUCAUGAUGCCAAAGUCUGGUGCACGAUAUUUUUAUAUUGCAAAACGCCAGAUUCUCGGAAUGGAAUUUGUAAAAACAUCAAAGAGUGCGAUUCUUUCAUUAAAUAUGUGGAGAAUGUGGAUACACAAGACCCAGUUGUGAGAAAGUACCUCAAGGAAUAUCAGUGUAGUACCAAUCAAGAUCCACAUGUUAAAAUCUGCUGUCCUGAUGAGGGAAAAUACAAUGAUAUUUUUACAAGCAAUGAUGUUCAUGAGAGAUUCUCAAAUUACUUCCCAGAUCCAAGUUUAGGGGAAUGUGGGAAGCAAAAUUCCGAUAAUAAAAUUGUUGGAGGCACUGAAACCUACUUAGAUGAGUUCCCUUGGUUAGCUUUACUUAAGUAUGUUAAUGGAAAUAAAAUUCGUUAUUCGUGUGCAGGAAGUUUGAUUCAUGAACAGUAUGUUUUAACAGCAGCUCAUUGUGUUGAUCCGCAAAUCAUAAAACAGAAAGAGCUUGGAAAACUCCAGAAUGUGAUUUUGGGUGAAUACGACACAAGAAAUGAAACUGACUGCAUUUACCAGAAAUUUGGCAGUGAUUGCGCUGAUCCUCCUCAAGUAUUUACUCCAAAAGAUUAUAUUAUUCAUCCUAAUUACGAUUCGUCUUCGAUGUUGAACGACAUUGCCAUUAUUCGUCUAGAUCGCAAGGCUAAAUUCUCAGAUUACGUUCAACCAAUUUGUCUACCACCGAAAAAUUUGAAAUUGCAAGGUAACGAAUCAUUUACAAUAAGUGGCUGGGGACGCACGGAAUCAGAAGACAGAAGUCCCGUUAAAAGAAAAGCAAUAGUACGUAACACAAAUAAAAAACGAUGUGAUGCCAAUAAUGGACGAAGAGGAAUUAGCGAUCGACAGAUUUGUGUGGGACAAGGGGAUGGAGUUGAUAGUUGUUAUGGUGAUUCAGGGGGACCCUUAAUGUUAGAAACACAAACGAAAAAUAAUUCUUAUGCCACUUUUGUUGUCGGUUUGGUCUCGUAUGGCUAUGGGCGAUUAUGUGGCAACUUUCCGGGUGUUUACACCUAUUUACCGGCUUAUCUAGAGUGGAUAGAGCAGCAAUUAAGAUGAUAUUAGCUAAAACUAAGACUGAUGUUUUUUAAUGUAAAGUAUUUUAUAAAAAAUGACCGCAAUGCCAAAAGAAAUCAGAGUUGCUGACUGAAUUUAUUACCUCAAAGAAAUAAGAGUAUAAUAUAUUUUAAUAUUUCUUAUUUUUUUAAAAGAUAUUCAAAACAAGACUAUUUGCAAAACUACUUCUAUUAAAAUUCUUCUUGACAAAAUCUUAGACUAGUUUUUCCUUAUUCUGAGAUUUAGAAACAAAAAUUAAACUGUAAAUAAACUGUUACUGUAAAUACACAUUUUGCAAAAAAGCAAUUAAACUAAUCAAUGUUUUUAAUUUAACCCACCACGCAAGGUACUCGUUAGACUUAUCCAAACAAAAUGAAAACAAGCAAUAACAAUUAUUCUUCAUUUAUACGAUUGUGUAUGUAGAGAGAGAAAAGUAAACAUCUGUCGCGGACAUAACAGUAAAAAAAUGUAAGUGUUACUUAAAAGUAAAAAAUAAACAAAGUUGUUGAUAUAAAUUCGUCUUAAAAUAGAUAAAAGUACAUUAUUACUGAGAAUAAUUUGAUUAUUGUCAAAUGGGCAAAUAAACGUAUCUUAAUAAAAUC